UAUUCAUGUAUAAAUACCCAUCUGGUUAUCAUAAGCCGGCACCAACAGCUUUCUUUUGAUAGACAAAACCUACCUGUAGCCUCUCUAUACCGAUAGUUAGCGAGGAAGUUCAAAGACAUUAAUUUUCUUUUGUUCUAAUAAAUCGGCUUAAUCAUUCUGUGUGUUUUAGAUCCAUAGAGAAAAGAUAUGGAGUUUCUUCUGAUAUUUAAAGUUUUUCAUUUAAGUAUACUCAGUGUUUUCAUCUACUUGUUGUUUAAACUAUUGAUUUCUUUCUGGAUCUCACCUGUUAUGACAUAUAUGAAGCUUAAAAAAAAUGGGUUUGGAGGUCCAACUCCAAAAUUCCCUCUUGGAAAUAUUGUGGAGAUGAAAAAAAUCAGUACAAGUAGUACUUCUUCUGGAUCCUUAAACUUCUCCAAUGAUAUUCACCCUACUGUUCUUCCUUACUUCGCUCAAUGGCAGAAAUCUCAUGGGAAGGUGUUCAUAUAUUGGUUAGGUACAGAGCCAUUUUUAUACAUAGCAGAGCCAGAAUUCCUUAAAAAAAUGUCUACAGGAGUGAUGGGGAAGAGCUGGGGAAAGCCCGACGUGUUUAAGAAUGACAGGAAGCCCAUGUUUGGUAAUGGUUUGAAUAUGGCUGAAGGUGAUGAUUGGGUUCGUCACCGCCAUUUUAUCACUCCCGCACUCUCUCCGGCCAACUUGAAGGCUAUGACAAGCUUAAUGGUGGAGUCCACCACUAAUAUGCUAGACAAGUGGGGAGCCCUAGUAAAUUCUGGCUACAAAGAAAUUGACGUCGAGAGAGAAAUAAUUGCAAUAGCAGGAGAAAUCAUAGCCAAGACAAGUUUUGGAAUAGGCUACGAAGAUGGAAGAGAAGUUAUAGAAAAAUUAAGGGCAAUGCAAUAUACUCUCUUCAAAACUAACCGCUACGUAGGGGUGCCCUUUAGCAAGUUGUUGUGCCCAAAGCAAUCGCUAAAGGCUAAAAGUCUUGGAAAAGAAAUAGAUGACCUUCUUUUAUCAAUUAUUAGAGAUCGGAAAAAAUCUAAAAAUGGCGGAAAACUUCAAAAAGAUUUAUUAGGGUUCCUGCUAGGAGAGAAUCAUGAAGAUGGACAGUUGGGGAAGACAUUGACAACUCGAGAAUUAGUAGAUGAAUGCAAAACUUUCUUUUUUGGUGGGUAUGAGACUACAGCAUUGGCAUUAUCAUGGAGUUUGCUGCUUUUGGCAAUGCAUCCACAGUGGCAGAACAGAUUGAGAGAUGAGAUUAAACAAAUUAUAGGAGAUAAAGAGAUUGAUUUCUCUAUGCUCGCUGGACUUAAGAAGAUGGAAUGGGUUUGGAAUGAAGUUUUGAGGCUUUACCCAUCAUCGCCUAACGUACAACGGCAAACAAGAGAUGAUAUUACAGUAAAUGAGCUGACAGUCCCUAAAGGAACAAACGUUUGGAUUGAUCUUGUUGCUAUGCACCAUGACCCUAAUCUAUGGGGAGAAGAUGUUUACGAGUUCAAACCAGAGAGGUUCAAAGAUGACUUGUAUGGUGGGUGUAAACACAAAAUGGGGUUUUUACCUUUUGGGUUUGGAGGAAGAAUGUGUGUAGGUAGGAAUUUGGCUAUGAUGGAGUAUAAAGUUGUUUUAUCCUUGAUACUUACUAGGUUUUCUUUUUCUGUCUCUCCAACUUAUUCUCAUUCCCCUUCUAUUAUGCUUUCUUUAAGACCUAGUUUGGGGCUGCCUCUUGUUAUUCAUCCUCUCUGUAAUUAGGGUGUAGGAUUUUUAACUUCAAAACAGUCUCGUGUAACAUCAUCAUGUCUAUUAUUUGUUGUACGUGUUGUCUAAUAUGGAAAAUAAUAGAAAGCAUAAAUGUUUUCUUUUUUUUUU